GUUUUCACCCUACUUGUGUGUGAGGCGGAGAACGCCGCCGCAACGGACAAGCAAAUCCGGGCCGCCGAUGGAGGCAGCCGGCCGCGCUGGGACGCCGCAAAAACCGCAGCCACUCGAAAUUCCCAGCGCCGCUCCCCGCCACAAGUCCGCGCCUCCUCGACGACCGCCCGCUCGAAACAAUCUCCCGCUGCGCUGCGGCGGCGCUUCGAGGGCAGGGCGGCAUGGCGGCGGCGGAGCGCCCGAGCAGGUCCGACGUCGACUUCGCCGACGUCUUCGGCGGCCCGCCCCGCCGCUCGUCCGGGCACGACAGCCUGAGGCGCUCGUCGAUGGACUCGUCGUUCGGCUCAGCGACGAAGGGGAGGAGCGGGGCAGAGGAGAGGCCCGUGUUCGGGGACCGCACGAGCUCCGACCGGAGGAGGCAGCUCGGGCAGGAAUUCUACAAGGACAUAUUCGCCGGGAGCGAGUCGAUGUCACCUAGGCGGGGAGGCGCGGCGGGGGAUCUGGAUGUGUUUGGUGCGCAGGCCUCACCCGGUUCCACCAGCCGCCUGCAUUCGAGCUUCUCCAUGAAGUUCAACGGAGGCCUGGACAGUUCUGUCCCUACUUCUCCAUCUCGGCAUACAUCCAACAAAAACGAUGAUGGAAUAUCAUAUGCUUACAGUGUUCCAACUUCACCUAAUUCAUCCAUGAACAGCUUUCUAGCCCAAGGGGCACCCCAACAAGAUUCCACAAAGAAUCCUUUUUCAUGGCAUCGCUAUCCCUUCUUAUCCCGGUUUCGCUCUAACAGUGGAGAUAAGAAGGACACCUCCCAUUAUGUCAGCUCUAUGGACAGUGAAUACGAAGGGACUCCUGUUAGCUUGGAAAGUAGCAUUGCCAAUAACAAGUUCCAUUUUUCAUUCUAUAAAUGGGGAGGGAAAGGUGCCGUUUUGGUAUUGCCAACUACUGCACAGGAAAAUGCUGGUGAUAUUGUUGGAGUAAGGAGUUUCCCUCAAGUGAUUGUGCAAGGUAUGGACCUAAUUGAUGAAGAAGAUAGCACGUCAACUGCCACUGGAGCAUCAAAGAGUCAGACUGAUUACGAAGACUACAAAUCUGGGAAAGAUGUCUCGUUAGGGGCACUCUUAAAAACCAAGGAUGGAGCCCUUCCUUUAGCUUUUGAUGACUACGUGCUAGGCGAUAAAUCUGAAGAAUCAGGAACAAAACAUAACACCAAUAAUGCAAAGAACAAUGUAUUAGGAGCUAGCCCCAGCUCUAAAAGUUCUCGGUCACCUUCAGGAGAGAAAAGUCGUGGCAGCAGAGUGAAAGGAAAAGUAAAGGACUUCAUGAAAAUAUUUAGUCCUGAGAGUUCACCGAAGAGCAAACGAGAUCGGACAUCCAGUGGGAAAAACGGAAGCAAAAGUGGUCCUGAAGAUAAAUUUAGCAUAUCCAAUUCGGAGGUCGAUGACAAUGUCAGAACAGCCAAUAUGAACAAGCAGAAUGUGUUCCCUCCUGUACCCUCUCCAAUCAGCGAAGCACAAGACAGGACGGAGAUACCGGUUUUUACAGUGGAUAAUGAAAUGGAUUCAAAGGCAGAUUUUGGAAGAAAAGAAGUUACACCUCCCUCUUUUGAUGAGUCAAGCGAUGCCCAAACAAAAUAUAAGGUAGAUGAGAUAACAGAUCUUGCGGAAGGUCCAGUGGAAGAUCUUGAAGAAUGUGUGGUUGAGGAUGUCUCUGAAGAUUUUAUUCUUCGUAAUAAUGAGGAAAAAGAGCAAAUAAAGAUUUCUGAAUCCAAAAUCUGGGAAUGGUCAAAGGGAAAAGAAGGAAAUAUUAGGUCAUUGCUUUCUACACUACAAUAUGUUCUAUGGCCUGAGAGUGGAUGGAAACCAGUCCCCCUUGUUGAUAUAAUUGAAGGAGCAGCUGUUAAGAAGGCCUAUCAGAAGGCAUUGUUAUGCCUUCAUCCAGAUAAGUUGCAACAACGAGGAGCUGCUAUGCAUCAGAAGUAUAUAGCAGAAAAGGUUUUUGACAUUCUACAGGAGGCAUGGAAAGAAUUCAAUACAGUUACUUUUGGAUAGUAUUCCUUAGAUCCUAUCGUUGUUUUGGCUCUAUCAUUCAGAUAUGGUGCUUGUUGUUGUCCACUUUAAUGUACGGAUGGUAAUGCCCAGGAUCACAUUGGAUAUGGACAUGGCCAUGGGAGGCCAUGAUAUGCAUUUUUUUUUGAGGUAUUGCAGUCCUCUUGCAGUCUGGUGAAUUGCACUGUAUGAAUUUGCUUGCCUAAAUGUAAGUACUUAGAAAAAUAGCAGUUCUUGUACAAAUUUUCCGGUUGUGGCAAAUAAACGGGUGUAUCCAGAGUAUUGAAAUUCUAUAAAUAGUGUGUGAGGCCUUUGUGUGUGUGUGUUGCAAAAAUAGUAUGUGAGACCUGGUUCUUGCUUGAUCA